UUGCUGACACUGAGCUAUCACCACUGCCAUUGGACAAUCCCCCAAAACAAUAUUUCCUCUAUCCGGCUGCCUAUGGCACCACUAUUUCCAUAAAACAUUCUAAAACUUUAUCUCUUCCUAAUGAAAAUGGACCCCCAAACAGUGGCACUUUUAUUGAGAGCACCUGGUCAGGUAUGGGUGCUCUGUAUAAUGAGCACUUGUUAAUGUGUGUUCUGCAAACAGACAGGUCACUGUUGUGUGCCGGUGAAGCAACCCUGGAAUUUGAUUAAUCACGGAGCAAGUGAAGGAGGGGAGGGCAAGACAAUUUCACAGAACUUCCUGGUAGGAGCAGGUUUGUAGUUCACUCUGCUUAAGAAAAGCCAAGACGCUUGGAGUUAGGGUGUUCAUUCCUGGCUUAUCGCUGUAAAGGAAAUCGUGUUCCUCUUCCCAGAUUGCUGCUGGUCUCAGUGUAAGAUGCCUUACAAGGACCUGGUGAGACUUUGGCAUGAAGGGAUAGUAGCUGCCGAGAAGAAAGACUAUGACUUGGCUCUUAAGAGCUUCAGUUUCAUUGAGGACCCGCCGGCAAAGAUUUGGUUCAAUGUGGGGUGUAUUCACCUCUUGAGAGGGGAUUUUCCACAAGCUUUGGAGGCAUAUGAUAAAUCAGUCAUCCAAGACCCCUGUCUGGCUGUCGGCUAUUUUCAGAGAGGAUACAUAAACUUCAAGUUAGGGAGGUAUGAGAAGGUGCAGAGCGACUGCCAUCUUGCCAUCACUAACCUGAGGAACAACAGCUUUAUCGACUACAAACAACUCGGGCUGAGGCACGUGCUCUUCUCCUGGGAGGUGCAGUACAACAUGGCAGCCGUUCUGUGUUACCUGGGCAAAUGGGAGUCUGCAGAGGAGAAACUGAAGAAAACCCUGCAAGGAGAUGGGAAAAAUACAAAGUUAGACUCUGCUCUGCAUCAGGUUCAGAGACGUAUCCUCCUCCCGCCGAUUCAUGUGCCCAUGGGGGAAUUUUUCAGGCCUCGGAAGCAGGAAGUUGAGCAGCUAAAUUCCGUGGACUUCCUGGGGACACCUAAAAUCAUUUCCUCCGUUGUACCCAACGACCAGUACAGUGGCUUUGAGCCGCUACGACCACAACAACCGGGAUUUUAUGAGCCGUGCCGUGAUGCAAUGCAAGGCCGGGAGGCCGGCUAUCACCGCGUUGUGGUGCAUUAUUACCCAGAGAAUUCCAAUGAAGUGGCAGUGAAAGCCAACAGCGUCCUGUUUGUCCUUAACAAAGAUGGAGACUGGGCCACUGCCAUUCACGAUGGCCAGAAAAUCCUCAUCCCUACCAGCUUCCUAGAGCCAACAAACCCACCCAAAGCUGACAUAAAGAAAAUGAACAAUGGAAUUCCUCUGCCACCUAUGAAAACACCUCCCACAAGACCCAAUGUGAAACCGGGAGUGGAGCAGAUCACACUGACCCAGCAAGGAACUUCUGUGCCACCACCAGUGCCAGACUUUACACCUCCUCAACCAACAGGAGACGCCCCAGAGCCCUAUACGCUCAACGUGCUUACAAUGAGAAUGGAGCCCAUAUUGGAGGUGGCUAUGCCUUUGCAGAGAUCUGCUCCGACUCACAAGGACAUGGCAGCGCUAAAUGUUGUUCCAAAGGCAAUGUCCCCACCAGCAGAAGAUGACAAGCUAGUCCUGCACGUUCACACAGAGUUCACUGUAAACAUGACAGUUAGCAAGGCCAUGGCCUACCCUGAGCUUCAGGAGGUGCUAAGGGACAAGCUCAAGAAACAUGGGGAACUAAUGGCCAAUCACUUGAGCUACAAGGAUCUGGAGAGCAAAGGGCUUACCCUGGUGAAGGACAAUAAGGACUGGCAGGAGAUGCUGAAGCUUUCCAAAGACAAACAACUGACGUUAUGUUGCAAAGACCCAAAUCUUUGCGUGGGGAGGCCCAUUCUAUAUCGCAUGAAAGCGCAAUACGAUUACCAGGCGGAGGGACCGGCAGAUCUGUCAUUUCAACAGGGAGAUGUCAUCAGUAUUCUGUCGGAAGUGAAUCAAGAGUGGCUGGAAGGACACUGCAAUGGAAAUAUUGGCAUUUUCCCUAAGUGUUUCGCCAAGCGAGAGGACGACAUGUAACAACGGGCAUGGAGAGAAAGGACGGCUCCAGCACAAAGACCAUUAGAUUCUUCCCUCUGCAAGUCUACCAGAGGCAGGAUUGUACUCCUUAUGAAUUGUGUAAAUUGCAUAUAUAUUUUUUUACAUCAAUUAACUAUUAAAUAUUAAACCUGU